CUUCGACGUGCUACAUCUUCUUAACUAUAUGCUUCUCGUUAACAACUAUGUGUAAUAUAUUAACAAUUAUGGUAAUUUUGUUACUUUUAGUUACUAUAAAAGACAAAUUCGAUGAUUUGGCCGAAGAAAUUUAUAAUUAUCGCGUUGAAUCCGUGGAAAUGAAAUGUUUUCUUCGAUAUUGCCGGCACAGAUUUAAAGAAUGUUGUCACCGAUUGGAAGAAUUCAAUCUGAUGUACAAGGAUUUGUUAAGUUUCGGUUAUUGCUCAUUAAUUUUUGUAACGUGCUUUCUUACAUGCAUGCUUCUUUAUGUCGAAAUGGAUAAAGUAGCGGCUAUGUUUUCCAUUCUAAUACUGAUUGGUCUAACAUUCAUCGCUGCAAUUUGUGUAUUAUCUGCUGCAGAGCUGAAUGUUUCGGCCAUAUCCCCUCUCAUGGAAUUAAAAAGGUUCUGUACUUUGGAGAUGGCGACAAGUGACAGAUUAAAGCUCAUUUGCACUUUGAAGUUGUUGGACGGUCCUACAAUCGGCAUAAAAUGCUUGGAAUUUACAUUUACUAAAAUAUCUCUCAUAAAGAUGAUAGAGAGCGAAUUUUCAUUCUUGUCCAGUCUGAAGGAAAUACGGGUCGCUCAGGAGAAAACAUAGGAUGAUGUGGAUUCGGAAUUCGUCAGAAGAUAAGAAUAUUAUUUUUAAAAUGUAAACUUUAUAUUACGGAAAAAAGAUUUUGUUCAGUAAUUAUAUUCCGAUAACAACAAUAUAAUUUUCACGAAGGAUGUAGGAAUCUAUCGAUAAGAACUAGUAAAGAAAUCUCAUGUUUACAACAUUAAAAAAGUU